GUCAGUUAUUUCAUUACUGCGUAUAAGAUAAAUAACUGGAUAACAUUAAAAUAUUAAAUAUUAAAUAAUUAUCAAGUGUGACACAUGACACAUAAAAAAUGUCAGAAUCCGCCAAUACACACGUAGAUCCGCAAGAUACUAUUAAUAUCCUGGUAGCCACGGAUAUUCAUCUUGGUUUCGAUUACAGUAAAAAGAGAGGAGGACAAUCAGAUGAGAGUUUUGUAACGUUCGAAGAAAUAUUGAAGUAUGGCAAAGAUAAUGAGGUUGAUAUGGUUUUGUUGGGUGGUGAUUUGUUUCAUGAAACUAAGCCUUCACAAACUGCAUUACUUAAAUGUAUAGAGUUACUGCGAAAAUAUUGUUUGGGUACUAAAAAAUGCGAGAUAGAAUUCUUGAGUGAUUCUGAACAGAUAUUUCGACACUGUGCACAGAAACGUGUGAAUUAUGAAGAUCCUAAUUUGAAUAUCUCAAUGCCAGUAUUUACUAUUCAUGGAAAUCAUGAUGAUCCAAGUUUUGGUACUGUCGGAUCAAUAGACAUACUGUCAGCUACUGGACUUGUGAAUUACUUUGGAAAAUGGACAGAUCUUAAACGCAUAGUUAUAUCUCCUUUAAUUUUGAAAAAACGUAAUACCCAUGUUGCUCUUUAUGGUCUGAGUUAUAUCAAUGACCAAAGAUUAUGGAGAUUAUAUAGAGAUGAUAAGGUCGAGUUGAUACGACCAGAUAUGGAUUUAGAGACUUUCAACAUAUUUGUUUUACAUCAGAAUCGUGUCAAAGUUCGUGAUGCUUAUAUAUCAGAAGAUAAACUGCAUAAAUUCCUCAAUUUAAUUAUUUGGGGACAUGAACAUGAAUGUCGUAUUAAGCCUGAAUUUAAUCAACAAGGCGAAUAUUUUAUUUCCCAACCAGGAAGCUCUAUUGUUACUUCUUUAUGCGAAAGUGAAUCGAAACCCAAACAUGUGGGUCUUCUUAAAAUAAAUAAAAGUAACUUCAAAAUAAAACCUUUAAAAUUACAAAGUGUUCGCCCAUUUAUUUUUGAUAAUUUGAUUCUUCAUGAUCAUGAUAUUAAAAUGCGAAAUUGCGUCUCAUUAGCAAAUGCUAUUAGUCAAUAUGUAGAUCAAUAUAUUGAAAAUAAUAUCAUGCCUAAAGUUGCUGAACAACUCACAGGAUAUCCUGGUCAACCACUCCAACCCUUAAUUCGAUUAAGAAUAUUUUAUGACGAUGUUAAUGAACAAUUUGAUACAUUAAGUUUGGCACAAAGAUAUUGUGAUGAAGUUGCUAAUCCUAUGGACAUGAUUUUAUUCCGUAAAAGAAAGACCGGAGACAAAGGAAAACGUAUUAUUGAGGAUGAAAUUGAUGAUCCAGAUGAUAUCACAGAAUUAUUUGAAGGAGAUAAAGGAGAAAAUUGGACUAGUACAGUGCAAGGAGGAAUUAAAAAAUAUUUUGAUAUGGAAGAAAAUAAAGAUAAGUUAACAGUAUUAACUGUAGCAGCAAUGAAUGAAGCCUUAAAUCGAUAUAUUGAGAAAAGCGAUUUAGAUGCCUUUAGAAGUAUCGUAAGAAAUCAAAUGAAAAGAACCAUAGAAUAUUUAAAAGCGCAAGAUGUUGAGACACCAGAAGAUAUUCGCGAAGAAAUUAAAAUUUUCCGCAACAAAAAGCUUUCAGAAGAACAGGAGGAACAGAAUAAUAUUUCGGAAUUACUAAACAAAUCACCGCAAAAGAGUUUGAGAGACCUUAAGCAAUCUCGCUUACAGAUAAGCAGUAUCAAUGUAUCAAAUAGUGAUGACAGUGAUGAAGAAUUAAAUUUAACUUUGAAUAAGACUAAAGGAAAAGGAAGGGGUUCAAGAGGCGGUAGAGGAUCUAGAAGCCCGAGAGGAAGUCGCGGUAGAGGAAAAUCUAAUGAAACAAACGCUUCUAUUCUAAAAAUGCUGAGUUCCAGAAGUGCACAGUCGAAGAAAAUUGAUCACAUUAUUAUAAGUGAUUCCGAUUAAUUAUUACUAAUAAGUACUGC